UUUGAAAUAAAAAAUUGCAAUUACUCCAUCUUGAUUUUGUGUUUAAUGUUAGAACCUAUUCGAAUUCUGUACCUUCUUCAUACCAACUUUUAUUAUGUGGUUGGAUGAUAAAAAGACCAAACAUGCCAGUGUUAAGAAGACGUGUCAUCGCAAAUCACGAUAAACGUAUUCAACCAAACGGCCUGUACGUCCAUUCCAGUCCGCCAAGGGUUUUACAGAUUAAUUCUGCUCAUAUUAAACAAUUAAUCAGAAACGGAGACAUCGAAAAAUUAGAAAACAUCGUUUUAGAAGGCCAGGGUAAAAAAUUACUCAGUGAAUCCAGUUUGGACUACAGAGUAAAAACAUUUUUGAAAGGAUUACCAGCAUUAAUGUCAAAAAUAAGUUUACUUCACGAUGCAGUUAAUAGUGGACGACUGGAAGAACUUCAAUCACUUCUUGAUGAAGAGCCGGAUAAAAAGAGAAAAUUGGUUUUGGCUAAGGAUGACGCUGGGGUUGGAUUAAUACACAAAGCCGUUUAUUACGAUCUCAAAGAUAUCGCGAAAUAUUUGAUUGAUAAUUAUCCAGCAACUGUUCAUCAAAAAGAUGCGGAAAGUAGAACUGCUUAUCAUUACACACCAAUGUGCAAAGAUAAAGGUUAUAUACAAAAACUGUUAAAGUUUGCCGGAGCUGACCCGAAUGUGGUGGAUUUUAAACAGCAUACUCCUAAAUACUACAUGGAGCACCCAUCAGAACUUGAAUUACCCAGUCCUAUAAAAUCAACUAAUCAGUCUAGGCGUGGAACAGCUGGGAAAGACAGUUUAGUCAUCAAGAAAUCUAACAUCAGAAUAUGGAUACAUCAAAGGAACCUCACCAAUUUACAGCAAGUAGUGUGGGAGGGCCAGGGAUCAAAGCUUUUGGUCGAACACAGCACGAAUCCUAAAGUGAAGAAAUUCUUGGAAGCUGUGCCACCUAUUAUGAGCUUAAUUAAGGAUCUUCACACUGACGUUAUCAACAACGAUUGUGACGCCUUGAAAGCGCACUCAACGGAUCCAAUCCCUCCGGUGGUAUUGUCGGCGAAAGACGCUAAUGGCUUGACGCCAUUACAUAAGGCAGCUGGUCUUGGGCAUCACGAAGUAGCUGAAUAUAUUAUUGGGAAGUACCCAAAAAGUUUGUCUUUAAGAGACAAUGAAGGACGAACACCUCUUCAUUACGCCGCAUUACCAAAGGAUGAUGGAAAAAUGUUCGAUCUGCUUAUGGCUUCAGGAGCUGAUGAAUCUGCUUUAGAUAAUAAACAAAAAACAGCUGCGUUUUACAAAGCCAGAAAUAACGAAUUAGAUCCAAAGCUUUGCCACGUUAUACCAGAAUGCCCUCGCAUGGCAAAAGACUCGUUCCCCAAUAAUUGGGACUGGGCGAUUUUAGGAUCCGCUGCUACACCCGUCGAAGAAGUGAUCAAAAACGGCAAUAACAUGGCCGAAGGUGUUUUUGGAAGUACAAUGGAUUUAGAGAAGGCUAAAGAAGAGGAGUUAAAAAGUAACGAUAAAAAUGAAGAAGAAACUAAUGGUGAUCAUAAUGACGAAUCCAAGGGAAACGAAGAAAAUGCACAUGAACUCCAUAACAACGAUAGUGCAGUAGUGAUGGAAAAUGAGGAAGAAAAGGAACAGGAUGAAGCUGAAGAACAGGAAUCAGAAACUAUCCCAGAAAAUGAACCAGAAAUCAUAACCGAACCAGAAGUACAUGAAGAAACGUCUAAUUCCGAACACAAUGAAACAGAUCAUGAAACACAAGGAGAAGAAGAUCAUGAAGAACGAGAACACGAAGAAUCAGAACACGACGAGCAAGAACAUGAACAACAAGAACAUGAACAACAAGAAGACGAAGAACAAAAACAUGUAGAACAAGCAAGACAACCAUCAUUAGAAAAGACGGAGGAGGAGGAAGAGGAGAAUUCCAAGGAAGUUGAAGAUCAACCUAACCACGAAGAAAAUCAAGAAGAAGCCAAAGAAGAAGAAGUAGAAAAUAAAUCCUCAGCAACUUCAAUAGAAAACUCUCCAGCAAAAACCAUAGAAGUAACGGAAGAAGAACCAGAAGCUCCAAUAGUGGAUAGUGAAGAUGUUAUAGAAGGAGUUGUAAAUGGGGAAAACGAAGUAGAAUCUGUAAAUGAAGAAGGUCAAGGUGUACAAGAUGACGAUCCACCCACAGACGAUGAUAUAACCGCUUUAAUUGAAGCUGGAAAUAUGGAACAACUCGCUGGAUUGGUUUUGAAUGGUAAAGGAAAUCGAUUAGUCGGUCAUACUUCCCAAAAUCCAGAGUUGCAGGCUUUUUUAAACAACGUUCCCACAUACAUGGCGAAAAUCAAUAAAAUUCACAUCGCUGCAAGAAAUGGGACUUUAAAGGAGUUGCAAGCUGCUUUGGAUAGACGUAAAUUUGCCGUAUCCAAGGAUCCUAUAUCUCCGGAUGGAGCCUCCCCUCUACACGUAGCAACAAUUUUUGGAAAUACCAGCAUUGUUCGAUACUUAGCUGGACGCUUUCCUGAAACAGUAUCAGUAGUGGAUAAUAAUGGAAGAACACCUCUCCAUUAUGCAGCUACUGUAGCUGAUAAUGGACACUACUAUAAUUUGUUGGUACAUUUAGGAGCAAAUAUGAGAACAGAUGAUAACUUUGGACAUUCACCUGAAUACUACAAAACUAACCAAGAAGACCUAUCACAUCGAAAUCUACUUGUGAGAUUUGGUGCUGAUGAAAACGUCUUAGAAGAAAUGAUAAACGAUAAAGGUAGUCCACCAAAAGAUGCUCAGGUAGAGAUGCCUUUCUUUUGCACGGAAGAAGGUCGUUAUUUGGCAUCUUCGUUAGGAGAUCCACUCAUUAAAGGUUUAACAGAGGUUGCCAAUAAACGUCCAGACGACCCAAUUGCCUAUCUUGCAACUUACUUAUACAAUUUUGCUAAUAAUAAUAAUAGAGGAAGAACCAGGGGUGGCACUCAGGAAACCCAACAACAUAUUAUCACCGGUUCCCCUAAUGCUGAAAAUAAUAACGCAGUCCCAGCAACAAUAGAAGUGGUAACACUAGAACCAGAACACAACAAUCAAGAAGAUUCUGCAUUCAAUGCAACAAAUAGGGAUGAACAUGGACAAAGCAUGCUUCAUUUUGCUGCUGCACGAACACAUGGUAGAAAUGCAUUAUUCCAAUUGCUAUCAGAAACAGAAAUUAACAUUGGAUACAGAGAUGAACUAUACAGGACUGCUAGAGACAUUAGUAUUCAAGCCAACAUACCGGAAAAUACAGUCCAAGUUGAUAAAUACGUGGUUCAUAUUGCAUCCAAAGGUGACACCGACAAAUUAGUGGAGUUACUUCUAGAUGGUUAUGAUCAUAUAAUAGACAUCAUAGACGAAGAAGGCCAACCUAUUUUAGAUGCUGUUACACAAGCGGGUCAACCAGAAACCGUUGCAUUUUUACAAUCAAUUCUGGCUUUUGAAGAACGACGCGAACGUGUUCAUCAUUGCAUCCGGGAAGGCUCCCUCAACGACAUUAAGAAGCUCCUCGCAGAUGAAAACGAAACAGGCAGUGGUAAACUCCUUGCUAUCGGCAGGAAUAGUUAUGGAAGAUGCACUCUUCAUAUAGCAGUAUUAUGCCAACAAGAAGAAAUUGUUGAUUUUAUUGCUAACACAUUCCCCGAUACAUUAAGGAUUGGUGAUAAUCUGGAAAGAACGGCUCUGCACUACGCAAUGGGUGUUGAAAAAAUCGAAUCGAUUAGUAGGGUGUUGAUUAAGGCAGGAGCUCAGAGAGUUGUUAAAGAUUUAAAGGGGCGGCAACCCACUUAUUAUUUUAUGAAUAAAUCUGAUAUAUUAAGGCUUCAGGAAGAAGAAGAAAUGUUUUAAAUUUUGUAAGCUGUAGUACGUAUAUAUUACAUGAAUAAGUUUUUCGGUCCGUCCAUAUAAAAUAAUCAAAAAAAAUUUUUGCUCGAUCAUUUUAUAAUAAAAUAAUGUUUUCUUUGUAGACUUUUAUGAGAUUAAAGUCUAAAAAGAAUAAUUUCUUUCGGGUCUUUUAUCUUCUUACCAACUAAACAUAUAUUUACCAAAAUAAUCAAGUCUGAUGAUUGCUGUCUUUACAAAAUAGAAUUUUCAAAAAAACAUAACUUAUAACAAAACAUCAAAACUUUAACGCUUUGUUCCUUUGUUGGGAAAGAGUUAACAAAUUUUAAAUUUUUUCCUAAAACUAGUGUUUACUAUAGUGAUGUAGAAAUUUAUGUUUGAGAUUUUCUCCGUCUUGGAUCUACGGUCCAAGUACUGGACAUUUUUUAUUGCUUCACGUUAUACCGUUUGAAUUAAAGCUGAGUCAUAUGAUGUUUUACUAGGAUAUUCGGUUCUACCAUAAUCGACUUCCGCUUACAAUCCACAUCAUGGAAAUAAUACGCGCACAGCCCACAACCAAAGACCAAUAACAAUGCCAUAAACUGAUUAGAGUCAUUCAUUUCGCGAGCAAUCUAAAAUCAUUGACUUUUCCUACAUACUGUUCAAUUACAUAGCCCAAGUCAAGCGGAAAAGUAACUUCGACGGUGGUUUAGCCCUACCAGUUUAUUUUAACCAGCUUUACUUAGAAGACUGAUAAUUUACUUUAAAAUGCAUAACAGAGUAUGUUAUGGCUAUGAACUCAAGAAGAAAGAAGUGAUAAGUUAACACGCCCAUUUAAAAAAGUGAAUUCCCAGAAAUUUUUUUUGAAAUUCCGCAGGUCAGUUCAACACAAUACGGCCCCUAAAGAUGGGAUUUGAAAAUAUAAACACUUGGCAAUGAGUUGUAAUCUUAGGUAAAACAAAAAAUUCUAUAUUAAAGUUGGUAAAAAUAUAAAAAAAUCUAAAAUUAUUAUUUUUAAACUCAGAAUUAUGUAUUUAUCUACACAAAACAAAUCAUUUAAUUAUAAAAUGAUCAGCCAAUCGCUAUUAAAUCAUUCGAAAUGGACACCUUUUAGAUUAAUCA